CUCUCACUCCCUCACUCCCCCUCCUCCAUCUUCCUGUUUUCUCACUCCCUGUUUCUUUCCAAGCCGCUCUCAAGACAUGACUCUCAUCUGGAAAACUUUCUUCCUAAAGCUUUCAGAGCGCCCAACUAUAGUGACGGUCACUGUCUAACACUAUACGUUUCUGCUUCCCCUUCUAACUUCUUUCCUUUCUGAUGUCUUGAGCUUCUAGCAUCUCCUUUUAUCUUGUCGGUAUUUGUUUUAAACACAUACCAUUCUAGUUUGUUAUUUUUAUUUGAUUCUCUUUCAGUGCGUCUUAACCUCAGCUGAUACAUCCUUUCAACAUGCAAAGCCAGACAUGAACUCAAGAACAUGCAUGCAGCAGUGAAGGGCAGAUGGAUACAGAUUUAUAGGUACAACAUUUACUAAAAUAUCUUCACUGAACAUAAACAUUUCCAUUCAGCAGUCAGAAAAAGUGUACACAAUCCUAUAUUGUAAUAUUGUAUGCUUUAUUAUACAUGUAUAUUAUACAUGUAUAAGAUGCACAAUGUAUAGCUGCUUGUAGUAGAAGAAAACAGUUUAUAAAAUCUUGGUAAUUACUGAGGAAAUUUUCUUACAUUGCAUUCCCAAGAUUCUGUACACAUGCAAUGACAACUAGUGAUUCCAGACCACAAGCUAUAUAAAAAAGCAUACCUAUAUACACAUUCUCACAUACCGAGGUUAAGGAUCCUAUGAGAUCAGCAUGACUUUUGCACGCUGCUGUAUUGCUUUUCUUCUCUCUGUCCUCUAUAUGGGGACAUUUUUCUCUCAUCUUUCUUCAUCAGCUACACGUGAGAGCUUCAAGGUGGUCUUUGCCCCUGUGGUGUGUAAAAGGACAUGUCACAAAGGCUAUUGUCAUAAUGUUUGCAAGCCAGGGAGCAACAUGACGCUUAUUGCUGAGAAUGGAGGCUCAACAGACACACUCACAGGAUCUGGAUUUCGAGUGGUGGUUUGCCCAAUACCCUGCAUGAAUGGUGGCCAGUGUUCUUCCAACAAUCACUGCCUGUGCCCACCUGAAUUCACAGGAAGAUUUUGUCAGUUCCCUGCUGUACCUGGUGGUAGUGGAUCACAAAGCCAGGGUGAGGUAAUGGAAACAGAAGGAAUAGAGCCAUCAUCAGGAAAACAUGCAGUAUAUGCUGUGCAAGUGAUUACUGGAGAUGAUGAUCCCGAAGGGAGAGGUGUGAAAAUCAGUCAGUCAGCUCUUACCGUACCACUGGGACCCGGACACAGUUCUGCAGAAGUUCAGGUCCUUCCACCUCUUCUAAAUGUCAGAGUUCAUCACCCACCCAAUGCAUCCAUCCAGGUUCACCGUAUUGAUAGCCUUGGACCUGAAGGAGCAACAGGAAGUGGAGGCCAGCAUAUAAUCCCACAUCCAGAGGGGAAUAAAGCAGCAUUAUCACGUCCCAUCACAUUCAAACCUCUAGGAAGAUGCUUUCAAGACACCUUGCCCAAGCAAGCUUGUGGUAGUAACCCUCUACCGGGACUCACCAAAGAAGAGGACUGUUGUGGCAGUGUUGGAACAGCAUGGGGACAGCUUAAAUGUAACAAGUGUCCACAUUUACCACAUGUUGGCACACAGAAAUCUGCACCAUUCCGAGGUGAAGUGGGCUCAGACUGUCCUCUGGGGUAUAAAAGACUUAACAGCACUCACUGCCAGGAUAUAAAUGAGUGCAGUAUGCAAGGAGUUUGUCAAAACGGUGAUUGUCUGAACACACAAGGUAGUUUCAGAUGUGCAUGUAAACAUGGAUACGUUUUUAUCUCCUCUCAGAUGCGCUGUACACAGGAGAAGUCUGAUGUGAAAAGUCUCUGCUACAGGCUUGUUGGAAUGGAUGGACAGUGCCAGCAUCCUAUUUCUAUCCGAAUGACCCAACAGCUGUGUUGCUGUAGUGUGGGAAAAGCAUGGGGACCUCAUUGUGAAGUUUGUCCUGCAGAGAGGACAGCCUCUUUUGCAGAGAUUUGCCCAGCUGGGAAAGGUUACCAUAUAUUCAGUACUCAUCACACAUUUAUGAUUCAAGGACAGAGUGAUAUUACUCUUCAUUUGCAGCCAGAUUUGGGUGACCAACAAGCCCUUCCUCCAAAAACUCUGGAUGUGGUUCAACCUCCAAACAUAUUGGAACUACAUUCACCUCAAAAGAUAUCUGAACUUGAUUCCUCUGAAGGACAGCGUGAAGUAACUGCAGCCAUGCUCCCAGCCUACAGCCUUAAUUCAGAAGAGGAACCAGUGGAUUUCCCAUCUGUAUUUCCACCAAAACCAGCACUUGUUUUGGAGCCCACAACAAUGGUUGUUCAAAAAAUACCUGCAGAGUAUGACACCCGAAGUGCUGCCGAAAUCGCUCCCACUCAGUUAACAGAAACCAAUGAGUGCAAGAUGAUCAGGAAUCUAUGUGGGCAUGGAGAGUGCAUAUCUACUCCUACAGGAUUCUACUGCAGCUGUCACCCUGGGUACUAUUCUGAUCCUGAGAAGAAAGUUUGUAUAGACAUUGAUGAAUGUAAAAGUGACCCAUGUGGUCAUGGAAAGGGAUUGUGUCUCAACACUGUUGGCUCAUUUAACUGUCAUUGUCAUCAUGGGUACAGACUGAAUGUAACACAUGGAUCAAGAUCUUGUGUGGAUGUUGAUGAGUGCUUACGGUCGGGAAUGUGUGGAGAAUCUCGCAGCUGUGUCAAUUUUCCUGGCUACUAUAAAUGUGAAUGUCAGACUGGAUACAAAAUAAAGAACAGAAGGCCUUUAUUGUGUGAAGACAUAAAUGAGUGUGCAACAUUACAGCCAUGUAUAGGGGGUCAAUGUAUAAAUACCCCUGGCUCCUUCCGAUGUGUGUGUCCUCCAGGUUAUAGACUGCACAAUCAACAUACAUGUCAAGAAAUAGAUGAAUGUUCCCUUUUCUCAGAAAUCUGCUCACCUCAUGGCAAGUGCGAGAAUCUAGAUGGAUCAUAUAUGUGUAUCUGUGACCCUGGCUAUGCACCUACUGAGGUCCACAAGAAAUGUGAGGGUGUUUCCCGUGGACUUGAUCUUCGAGACUGCUUGAGUCUGGAUGACACACUGUUCUGUGACAGUGUUCUUGCUGUAAAUGUAACAAAAGAGCAAUGCUGUUGUUCUUUGGGGGCAGGAUGGGGAGACCACUGUGAGAUAUAUCCUUGCCCCGUGCACAGCUCAGCGGAAUUCCUUACACUUUGUCCUGAUGGUGUUGGAUUUAUUGUUGACCUUGAUAUUAUGAGUUAUGGAAUCCCCACAUAUCGAGAUAUUGAUGAGUGUGAACUGUUUGGGCAAGAAAUCUGCAAAGAAGGAAAAUGUGUGAACACGCAGCCCAGCUAUGAAUGUUACUGCAAACAUGGCUACUACUAUGACACCCGUUUACUGCAAUGUAUGGAUGUGGAUGAAUGCGUAGAUGAGUCUAAUUGUGUCAAUGGUCAGUGUAUCAACACUCGAGGCUCCUUCUAUUGCCGUUGCCCACUACAUAUGCAGUACCACACAGAACACAAGCUUUGUGUGCCCAAUACUGAGCUAGAUGUUGAUAAAUGUCAGGAUAGAGGAUUGUGUCGCAAUGGUCGCUGUGUAAACGCCCCUGGAUCCUUCUAUUGCGAAUGUACCCCUCCAUGGACACUGGAUACUCUGGGAAGGCAUUGUAAUCGCCCUGACAUACAGUCAGAUCGCACAGAAGCACUGGAUAUCUGCUGGAGGAUGAAAGGCACAGAUGGGAUCUGCACGCAUCCAAUUAGUGCUCACCGAGUAUCACUGAAUGAAUGCUGCUGUGGACAAGGGCAGGGAUGGGGACCUAUUUGUCUUUCCUGUCCACCUAGGCAUGCUCUGUCAUGUUCAGUUUCUCAUAGUGGGGCCAAUUCAUUCUGGGAAUUCAAUGCACACCAUGUAAAGAAGUCUCGAAGAGGUGGAGAUAGUUCAGAAGAGGAGUCAAAUGAGUGCUCUUGUGUGAAUGGUCGCUGUGCGAAAGGCUCACAUGGAUUUUCAUGUGAGUGUAAUGGAGGCUUCCAGCUAGACAUUACUCGGACGAGGUGCAAUGAUAUGACUAAAAUCCGACAGAGAAACCCGAGGGGGAUCUCUUGUAAAAACAGCAGAUGUUUAAACACAAUUGGAUCGUUUCGAUGUGUGUGUAAACUAGGAUAUACAAGAUCUCGACACCCACACAUCUGCAUACCUCAGAGGAAAAGAUGACCCGGUGACUACAGUGGUCAAGAACUAUAAGUGAAAAAUGCCUGCAAAAAAAGUUUUCUACAGCAGGGCACUGCUUCUUUAUUAUUCAAGUCAAUAUGCUUAUUUAUAAAAAAAAAGGAAUUUGUACAUGACCCACAUGUACAGCCCUAAAGCGUAAUGUUUUAUAUAUUCAAAUCCAAAUACUUCUGCAAAAUAGGAACCACUGUGUAUGUGUGGUUCAGUAUGCAUAUGCAGAUUGUUUAUGUAUAGACAUGCAUAUUUAUAGAAUUCAGACCUACAUUUACAUUUAGUUAGUGUCUGUGUAUAUUAUUACAAAUGUGAGAACUCAAGGUUCUAACUGUAGCCAUAGAAAUUUAAUAGGGUUAUAUGAUUACACAAAGAGUAAAGGUGUUCAGUUGCCUAGGAAGCCUAAAAGGUAUGCCUUUUCAUUAAUGCAUUUUCAGUAAGUACAGAAAUAUCCAUUGGUCUUGCCAGAAAUGCAGUGUUCUUGUCACUUCCUGUGAGCUAAAAUAAAAAUGAAGUUCUCUUCCUUUUGUAAA